AUGUUAAGAAAGCUGGUCUGUGGUCUAGAGAUUCACACCCAGUUAAAAACGGGGCAAAAACUCUUCUCAUUGUCUUCCACAGAGGCGUCCAAACCGAAUACCAACAUCUCUUUUUUCGAUAUUGGCCUUCCUGGUAGUCAACCUACUUUGAACCAGGCAUGUCUUCUCACCGCAUUAAAAGCGUGUGUGAGUCUAAACUCAAACAUAAAUUCAGUCUCUACAUUCGAUAGGAAACAUUACUUCUAUCCAGAUCAGCCGAAUGGGUAUCAAAUCACUCAGUAUUAUAGACCAAUCAGCAGUGGGGGAUUUCUCAAGCUAUCCAAGCGAUUUGAUGAGAUAGACGAAGAUGAGAAACUCGUACGUAUACAUCAUAUUCAAAUUGAGCAGGACACAGGGAAAUCGUUGUAUAAGGAUCUUUCAGAUAAAUCGUUGGUUGACUACAACAGAAGUAAUAUGCCCUUGAUAGAGGUGGUUACUGAACCUGAUCUGAAUUCCGUGAAACAAGUCAAGGCAUUUCUCAGGAAAUAUCUUCAGCUGAUGAAGACCAUGGAUGUCUCAACGGGACAAUUGGAAGCAGGAGCGAUGAGAGUUGACGUCAAUGUGUCUGUUGAUGAUGGCGAAAGAGUUGAGAUCAAGAAUAUGACGUCCACUUCUGCAAUUGUCAAUGCUAUUCGAUACGAAUUCAAACGUCAAACCAAAUCAAUUGAUAAGGGAAAUCCUAUUAAAACAAAAGAAACUAGAGGCUGGGAUGGGAAUAAAACUUUCAGACUCAGAGAUAAGGAGUCUAGUGUAGAUUACAGAUACAUGCCAGACCCCGAACUUCCACCAGUGGUACUUGAUGUUAACGAUAUUGUCACCAGGAUCAAAAAAAUGACGAUUACUACCCCAGAAGAGCAGUUGGCGCAACUAAUGUCGCCUCCUUACAAUAUCAAGUUGAGAGAUGCCAGAAUUCUUUUGAACGACAGAAAUCUUCUGGGCUAUUACUAUGCUCUGUUUAGUAGAACGUCGGCGAAGAACAUUCCAUCCAAAUACCCAAUCAAUUGGUGCUGUCAUGAGUUUUUGGGAUAUUUAGCAAAGAACAACAUAGAUUUUUCUGAAGAUCUGUUCCCUGUUCAUCAACUAGCUGACCUAAUCGAUUGUAUCUUCCGAGAACAAGUCACCAACAACAAUGCUAAAAUUCUAUUUGAGCAUCUCCUUGCUAAUCCUGCUGAGAAUGAGGGUCCAAUAAUUGAUCUCAUUACGAAAUAUGAAUUGGGAGAGGUAGAUGUCACCAACGACUCCGAGCUACUGGCUCAAGUAGAUUCCAUCAUUGACGACGUGCUUGACACGUACCCAGCCAUUGUAAAGGAGUUACAGGAAGGAAACAAGCCUGGUUCGAUCAAUUACCUCCUUGGACAAUGCAUGAGAACGAGUGCUGGUAGAAUAAAGAGCAAAGUGUUUGAAUCUCGUUUAAAGGAGAAAAUACACAUUAUUAAAUAA